GAUGGCUGCCCCCAGGGCGCGAUGAGGCCGCGCCGGUCCGCCGCCCGAGGCUGAGCCGGGCCGAGCAGCGGCGCGGGGCGGGAUGUGGGGAACCCUGCUGCGAUGCGCGGGCCGCGGCGGAGGCAGGCGGGGGCUUUCGGGGGGCGGCCCGCCUUCGGCCGCGCCCUGGAGCCAGGUGGUGUCGGAAGCCGAGAAGAUCGUGGGCUACCCGACGUCCUUCAUGAGCCUGCGGUGCCUGCUGAGUGACGAGCUCAGCAACAUCGCCAUGCAGGUCCGCAAGCUGGUGGGCACCAAGCACCCGCUGCUCGACACCGCCCGGGGUUUUGUGUAUGAUAGUCGAAAUAAUUUACAGAUGCGAGGUUUGGUUGUAUUGCUUAUUUCCAAAGCUGCUGGACCCAGCAAAGCAGAGCUCUCUUUCCAGCACAACAUGGUCAGUGGGAUUUAUUCCAGUCAAAGAAGUCUUGCAGAGAUUACGGAACUGAUCCACACUGCCUUUCUGGUGCAUCGAGGCAUAGUGAACAUUGGUGAGCUCAAGUCCUGUGAUGGCCCGCUGAAGGAUAUGCAAUUUGGGAAUAAAAUGGCUGUUCUGAGUGGAGAUUUUCUGCUCGCAAAUGCUUGCACAAGUCUUGCUCAGUUACAGAAUACCAAGGUUGUGGAACUCAUAUCAAGUGCUAUUGGUGAUUUAGUUCAAGGUAUCUACUAUGAAAAUUCAAGAUCAUCUGAGAACUGUCUUACAGAUGACAUUGGAAUAUCUACGUGGAAGGAACAGGUUUUCCUGUCACAUAGUGCCUUGCUGGCAAAGAGCUGCCAGGCUGCAAUGGAACUAGCAAAGCAUAGCUCUGAGAUUCAGGACAUGGCAUUUCGGUAUGGAAAGCACAUGUCCAUGAGUCAUAAGCUGCAUUCAGACCUUCAGCCAUUUGUUAAAGAAAGUUCUAGUGAUGCCAUGGCCUUCAGUUUGAAUUGUGCUCCUGCAGUCCUUCAUCAGGAAUUCCUUGGAAGGGAUGCAUGGAUUAAACAGAUCAGAGAGAGGGAAAAGACCUGGGAGACAUGGCUUCCUGACCACUACAAAGUAUUUGAGAGGUCUAGCUGGUUGAUGUCCUCAUGCUCAGUUCUCUUCAUUCAGUUAUUUUUCCUCUAACACAUAAGGAAGGACAUAAAAGUAAGAUGGCUGUGUAGCAUAUAUCUGUUCUACAUUACCACAUAGAACUGUGGCAUUCCAGCCUAUGAAUAUUUCCUGUGUGCUGAAAUACAAAUAGAUAAUGAUACAGGAGAGCAGGGAGGAGAAAGUGGGGAAGAAACAAAGAAAGAUGACCAGUAAUAAGCAUUCUGUUGUGUUCCUGUAUCAGACAGACAUGUUUUGCUUUUCUAAACAGCUGUGAUGUGUACUGUUUGGAAAUUCCUGAUGUUGUUACACUGAUUCUUCAGGAGAAAGUCUGCUGCCUUUGGUAAUAAGCUAGCUCCCUGCAAACACGUUCUUUUAAGAUGCUUGUUGAUGGCUUCUUUCCUUCUUGGUUUGAAAGCAGAACUGAGCAUCGCAGGAUGUAAGGUUUGAGCUUCUGCCUAAUUCUCCAUUUAUGGUGGCCAGGUUGCAGUAGUACUGUGUGUGAAUCUUGAACCAAAACAAGCUUUGUGUCAAUUUGAAAUUAGACGACGAUGUUUCAUAAUGUAUGAUGAGAAAUUUUCAAAUUCUGCAGUCUCAACACAAGGCUCAGAUGUGAGUUGAAUGUAAAUGGAUUUAGAUGAUUGCAGUUGGAGAAUAAUGGUAUUACCACAGCGCACUUUAUAAAGGCUUUGAAACCAUUUCCCAUCUGCAGAAUCUAGAGGAGGUUGCAGGAUUCCAGGAGUGCCGUCUGUCUCCUUGCUAAUUCUUAUACCAAAAAUGGGCAUGAUAGAAACAAUGAAGCGGUUUUUGCUGAAGGGGAAAAAAGUGACAUGCUCUACAUAGAAGUAUUGUACUUACUAUUAUUUUAGCUAAAUACAAAGUAUGUGGCCAGGACUUACUGCCUGUCAUUCGUGUCUUAAUCAAGGAUGCCUGAAAUGCUGUGGAGCCCAGGACUUUUUGUCAUUGUUUCCCCAGAGUUCUCUUGUCACAAGUCCAGAAACAGGCGCUGUUCCUACGGUAGCUUUAGAAUAGAGACAGGCAUAUGCACCUUCUUGCUGCUGAGCUGGAGACCGUUUAAAAACCCUCUUGUUUCUUUAUUUGAAAAGAACAAAACACACCAGAUCACCACAUGUGGAUGUGUGUAUUUUGAGAAGAUUACCUUCAAAUUUGGAUGUUCAGAAACUGCCUUAAAAGAAAAUUGGGAUGCGUACAAAGGGAAGCUGUGUCAUAAAAGAGAAAAAAAGUUGUAGAUGUAUGUAUAUAUGUGUGUGUGUAUGCAUGCAUAUACAGAUACGUACAUGAAUGAUCAUACACAAAGGCCAGAGAAUCUAUUCUCACUGAUUUUACCACCAAACCCCUCCAACCUUUUGUAUUUAAAAGUAAAGUAGCCAAUGAAUGGUCAGCUGUCUUAUUUGAAAAGCAAUAUGGGCUGGGGAGUAGAGUCCUGAAAUGUCUUUAUUUUUGGGGUGUUUUUUUUUCUUUUUUUCAAUAAACUUAAAUCCAGCCCUGAAUAGUUUCCAGAAAACACCACUGUAGACAAAUGCUUGAAUGCUGACCUCUAGACAAAAGUGUUAAAAUAGCUGCUAAAUGCAGUCCUGCUGAGAUUUUGGAAAGCCUUGUAUUCUUAAAAUUAAAAAAAUAGGUCUAGAACUCAUCUUAGCCCACAACAUUUUUAAUUCAAUAGGAGAAUAAAUUAGAAACAAUCUCACUUAGGCCAAAGUAAUCCCUGUACCUUUUACCAGGUCUUUCUGAGCCUUCUCUAAAGAAUCACAACUAGAAGAAAAGCAUUUCCGAAAUGCUUUGUAGAUGAUUUAUCAGAUGCUUUGUUAAGUAUUGUGAAGCGUAGGUUUUAAGAACAUACAUAAGAGGGUCACCUCAUCUGAGAAAGAAAAGUCAAUCUUCAAAACCACUAGUCCUGAAAAUCUACUUCAAAAGCAUUGUCAUAAACUGUCUGCUUGUGAUCUGUUUAUCUGAUGCAUUUUGAGCCGUUCCAUGGGGGAUUCAGGGAUCUUUCUUCCUGGCAAGAUGAGCUGAUUUUACACCACCUGAUUAUCGAUGAAGAAUGUCCUAAUAUUAUUGUCCCUCACAACUGGCAUGUGGUAUUCAGAAGAAAGGCUGAGCUGAGUUGCUUGUUCAUAUCUUGAGCAUGCUGGUACACAGAUCCUUUUAUUUGAGGCCCAGAACCUUAGCACAUCCAAGAGCCUUGGCACAGCCAAGCAGUGAGACCUGGAAAGUUACCCCAAUUUGGCAAGAAGGCAUACCUUUUGUAAGUCAGUGAGGAAGCUAAACCAGAUGCAGAAAUCUUAUGUAAUAGAAGAAAAUCUCUGUGCCUGAAAUCAGGGUCAGUAAAAGUCAAAGAGCAAACUACUGUGAGGAUAAAAGGAAGAAAAGGGCAAAUGUGCUAUUGUAAAAAGAAAGCUUAGGAAACAUUAGCUAAGGCUGCUGCUUGGAGAAGUGUAAGUGCUGUUGGCUUGAGUGUUUGAGAGGAGCAGAGAAUGAGAAAAUACUCCUGCUGCUUGUAACGUCUUACGUUUAGGAGAGGGCAUGCUGAACACACCUCUUCUGGUAUUACUAAGACUAAAAAGCCUGAUUCUGUGAAACAGAACUAUGUUGGAUAAGCUGGUAAUAACUUCAGUUGUAUUUUUUCUGCAUCUGAUUCCUAAAGAAAGUCAAUUCUGUGUAAAGCAGUAGGUCUUCUAAUUGCAUCUUAUACUCUUGCUACUGUAGUCUAUAUAGGUAAUGUCUUAUAUAAAAUCUCUCUUUCUCUUUAAGGCACAAGGAAAAGGAAAUUUGAUGGACUACAAGAAG